UUGCAUUUCUACAGACACAUGGCUGGUAAACCUUAAGAAAGCACUGAAAGGGAGUACAACUUUUCUUUUCUUGAAUACAGAAGGCAAUCCAAACAGCUGUAUUAUGAAACUUCCUGUAACCACCAGCAACGCUUUGUUGUCAGUUUCAUUUCAGUGAAACCGAAACUUAAAAGGAGCUGUGCAUGCUCUCACAAACACAGAGCUCAGAUACCCGACGACAGCAUACACAACGCAGGAUGAUGAAGAUGUCAAGAAGAGUGACCAGUUGCUGUGUAGCUCUGUUCUUUGCCCUGACCUCUGUGUCAGCUGUACGAAUACUUCAAUCAAUCAAUGAUUUGAAGAAAAUCGACUUUGGCCGAGCUGUGCCCAAGCACAGUGUUGUGCUGCUCUACUGGUUUGCCAACACAAUUGAAAUCGACAAUAACAAUAUAAUAUGGCUGACCUUUGACCCAAACAGUGGUGAUUAUGGUGCACAUCAUUACGGCAACUACGAGGGGCUGCUGGACCCACUGCCUCGGGGACACAUCGGAUACCAGUACUACACUGUUGGAAAUCUCAAUCAAGAAACGUCCAUGGAACUUCCAUCUUACGUUGUCGAUCCCCCACCAGAGUACGUGGGAACAAACAGAGACAGGAUCAUCAUUCGUGUCAGGGAGCAGAACACAGGACGGCAAGGUUUGCAAAGGAUAGACCAAGUGUAUAUCACACAGCAUUACGACACUUCUGAAUACCAGGGUACACCUUAUGAUCCAGCUCAUACCUACAGGAUCACCACUAACCUCUUGAGACAGAUCAGAGAAUUUUCUGUGGGACAAAACCAACAGCAACUGUCACGUCUGAGAAACCGCUAUGGAAGUAACGCUGAUGAUUUCCUGUUAAGGCACAUCAGAAACAUAUGGGAUGAACUUGCUUGCCUUGGACUGCUGCUGUUUAUUGUGAUCCAGGAAAAGCACUCCAUUAACCAACACAACUACAGACCAAAAAACGUCUACAGACCAGAAACCACAAACAGACCGGAAAAAGACAACAGACCAGACAACGAACAAAAUGACUGGGGCGAUGAUGUUUUCGGGAACUGCUGUUUUUAUAUAGUUAUUUUAAUUUUAGUAUUUUUUUUUUUGUACAUUGUUUUUGCAAGCAGAUUAUAAGAAAUAAGGGAGAGCAAUGGUCUUUGUUAAUGUCUAAACCAAGGUGUGAUGAUCGCACUUUUUAAGGAUGAUAAGGAAUCCAAAAAAAGACGUUAUAGCUUCUGUUACCCUGUUGGCUAAAAAAGUAAUAUGGACCAAUAUGUAAUAUCUCUGUCUCAUACCCACUGGAUAAGAGACAUCCUUUAUUUUCUUAGAUAAUGAAAAAAUCAUUUCAUUGUGUGGUUCGUCCAAUAUAUUUGUAAAAAUAUGGGGUCCAUUCUUGAAGUUCUUAAGAGGAUCCAUUUCGUACUUAUUCCUGAUAGAAGCAACUUUUGUGGUUUAAAUGGGUUGUGUUAUAGUGUUUGUUGUGGCUUUGAUGAUAUGCUGCUGUACUGAUUAGUCUGCUGUACUGUCUUUGUAAGUUGUUUUGGUUGUUAAGCUGUAUGUUGAUUAUCACUGUUUGUGUCUUUGUACAAAGGGAAUGUACACCUUUUUACUUUUUAUACCUGCUCUAAUGAUACAAUUGUAUGUUAAAUAUAAAAAGCAAUAAACAAAGUUUAAAAAAAAAAAAAAAAAAAGGAUGAAGAGGACCACAAAGCCAACAGGACUCAUAAAGCGAUUGGUAACAGUGAAUCAGACAGUUGCUGAUUUUUUCAAUGACGAUGACUUUUUCUUCAUGUCAGUCUUUUUCACUCAGUGGUUUUCAGUUUGAAUUCUCUGUCAUUGUUUUGGUGUGAAGGGGAGGAGUUUGAGGGGAGGUGGCAAGGAGAGAGUCAUUUCCAUAAAAUCUACAUACUGGGAGACUUACCAAAGCUCACUACCCCUGAACAACAACAAAGAGUUGUUUUCUUGUAUGCUUUGUUUUUUGUCCAGGUUUAAAUUACUGUAUACUGUAUUAUCGUUUUUAUAAAUGGUGUUUGGUUAAGAUUGAGAUACAAACCAUGUGCUAUGAAGAGCUGAGAGCCUUCAGGGCUUCAUUCCUGUGUGUCAAUUUCUCCAUUAAAAAGACGUCUUCCACAA